AGUAAUGGGUACACAACACAGGUCGGUAGUAAAUCUUCCCCAGAUACAGUGAUCGUUGGGACAGUCACGUACUCUUAGUCUGAAGGAAUCCACGUUUCUCUGGCUUCGCAGUGCAGUAGAGCCCUGCCAUGAAAGAGUUAGUGUCUUUUCAAGGAAUCAAAUCCGGCCCAUUCCAUCCUCAUUCUCCUCCUCCAACCACCCGCCUCCUCCCUCUCCUCCUCCACCACCACCUCCUUAGCCUCCGUGAGGUCUGUACAGCUGGCAAUUUACAGACAAUAUAACGCAGAAACUACUUAUUGGCUGCUUGGUGGACCACUGCACCACGAAAUGGUGGCAGUGAAUUAGUCGAAGACGUGGAGAAGGAUAUAUGUUCCAAGGCUUGUUCUGUGUGGGAUCAUUUUGUGGACAUCUGGACUGAAGUUUCUGAGGCUCAGCUUCUCCAGCUGUUUUCACUCUCUCCACUGGAACCGUUUUAACCUCCUUAUACUGGCACUGAAAGACACGCUGAAGUCAUGGAGAAGUCAAAACGGGUCCAUUACGGGUUUGCAUUCAGCCUCCUGUUUGGGUUGUGGUUACCGUGCUGUUUGACUCAGACAACUCCGUCAAGCUCAGCCACGACCGCAGUGUUACCCUCAGCCUCCCCUCAGCCCCAGAGCCAAAGACUAAAGGUCAGACUGGCUGGAUACCCCCGAAAACACAACGAGGGUCGGAUAGAGCUGUUCUAUAAAGGAGAGUGGGGAACCAUCUGUGACGACGACUUCUCCAUAUCUAAUGCCAACGUGCUCUGUCGUCAGCUGGGCUUUGUUUCCGCUACAGGCUGGACACAUAGCGCUAAAUAUGGCAAAGGUCAAGGAAAAAUCUGGCUGGAUAACGUGCAGUGUUACGGAGGUGAGAAGAGCAUUGAAGCUUGUAAGUCCCGUGGUUGGGGAAACAGCGACUGUACUCAUGAUGAAGACGCCGGGGUGGUGUGCAAAGACGAGAGGAUCCCUGGCUUUUUGGACUCCAACAUUAUUGAUGCUCAAAUGAUGGAGAACAAAGUGGAGGAGGUGAGGCUGAGGCCUGUGGCUGCUGUGUCCAGGAAGAAGCUGCCCAUCACUGAGGGUGUGGUGGAGGUGAAGUACAAAGAUGGCUGGGCUCAGGUCUGUGAUGUAGGAUGGACCAUCAAAAACACCCGUGUGGUCUGUGGCAUGCUGGGAUUCCCAAAUGAGAGGAAAGUCAACAAGAACUUCUACAAACGUCUGAAAAAGCGAGCGGCUCAGAAGGUCCCCAGUUCAAAGGUUAACGUUUCAGUGGGUGGAAGGCAGCCACCCAAAGCUAAAGCUAACUCUAAGUCUAAACAGAGCAGCCCAGGGAAAAGGUUGUAUUUGGAGCGUCAGAAGAACCACUUCCACAUCCACUCCGUGGCCUGCACAGGCACAGAGAUUCACCUAGCAGCCUGCCCCCUGGAGUUUACCAAACCAAAUGCCACGUUCACCUGUGAGGGCGGCAUGCCUGCUGUGGUCAGCUGCAUGCCGGGGCCUCAGUUUAUGCACAACAGCGGAAUUAAAAAGAAACAUAAAAUUUCGAGCACCGUGAGGCUAAAGGGAGGAGCCAAGGUAGGCGAGGGCCGUGUGGAGGUACUGAAAGACAACGAGUGGGGAACAGUGUGUGAUGAUCGUUGGAACCUUCAGUCGGCCAGUGUUGUCUGCAGGGAGCUGGGCUUUGGCACUGCCACGGAGGCUCUGACUGGAGCACGUAUGGGACAAGGAAUGGGUCCGAUCUACAUGAACGAGGUGAAGUGUCUUGGCCAGGAGAAAUCCAUCUGGAACUGCCCCUUCAAAAACAUCACAUCUGAGGCCUGUAAACACACAGAGGACGCAGCUGUACGAUGCAACGUACCCUACAUGGGCUAUGAGACCACGAUCCGACUGACGGGAGGACGAACCCGUUACGAGGGCCGUGUUGAGGUGCUGAGUGAGGACGCUAAUGGGACACAGAGCUGGGGUCUGGUCUGUGGGGAGACCUGGAGCACCAGGGAGGCCACAGUGGUCUGCAGGCAGUUGGGCCUGGGCUACUGUAACCAGGCCCUGCAAGAAACGUGGUACUGGGACAACAAUAACGUGACAGAGAUGCUGAUGAGCGGACUGAAGUGCACGGGCAGAGAAGCAUCUCUGAGUCAGUGUCAGCGACACAAAAGUGUCAGCUGUCAGAAAGCAGCUGCAAAGUUCUCAGCAGGAGUCAUCUGCUCAGAGACGGCCUCAGACCUGGUGCUGAACGCCUCUCUGGUAGAGCAGACAGUUUACAUUGAGGAUCGUCCUCUGCACAUGCUCUACUGUGCCGCCGAGGAAGACUGUCUGUCAUCAACCGCCUCCAAGGCCAACUGGCCGUACGGACACCGACGCCUGCUGCGAUUCUCCUCCCAGAUCCACAACAUUGGCCGUGCUGACUUCAAACCAAAGGCUGGACGACACUCGUGGGUCUGGCACGCGUGCCACGGCCACUACCACAGCAUGAACAUUUUCACCCACUAUGAUCUGAUAAACGCCAACGGUACUAAAGUAGCAGAAGGACACAAGGCCAGUUUCUGUCUGGAGGACACUGACUGUCAUGAAGGCAUUUCCAAGAGAUACGAGUGUGCUAACUUUGGUGAUCAGGGCAUCACUGUGGGCUGCUGGGAUUUGUAUCGACACGACAUCGACUGCCAGUGGAUUGACAUCACGGACGUCAAACCUGGAAACUACAUCAUGCAGGUUGUGAUUAAUCCCAAUAAUGAAGUGGCUGAGAGCGACUUUACCAACAAUGCCAUGAAGUGUAACUGCAAAUAUGACGGCCACAGAGUCUGGUUCCACAACUGCCAUAUUGGUGAUGCAUUAAGUGAGGAGGCAGAGAGAAGGUUUGAGAAAUACCCCGGACAGCUCAAUAACAAGAUUUCCUAACUUCACGACAUGAUGUGACAGAAGUGAGCAGUAACAAGAAUUAAGCAGUUUUCAGAAAAAGGAAUCAAAUUGUGGAAGAAUUGGUAGUCUUUUCUUUUGAGUUUUUUAUACUUGAAUAUUCAAGUUUUUCUUCUUUUUUUUCUACAUUCUUCAAAUGUGAGUACAUGCUAGUUUUAUCACAAAGUAGGAAUUUUAUACGGCCAGUUGUACAGUCUGUGUAUGGAAAAUGUACAGACAUUUAUGGGAUGAUUUUUUGAAGCUACAAAUGAAUGCUUUAUUUUUUAUUAUUUAAUAUAACCCGAUUCAAACCUACAAAUUAAAGGCAUAAGCAGCAGCAGAUGCAGCUGUGUGGAGGCUUUACUGGGCUUACAUUUACAGUAGUUCCAGUAAGUGUUGUAUUUACCAAUAAAUGUCACCGAGCUCAAAAAUACAAACAAAGCUCUAUACCGGGUGCCUUCACAGCAUCUGUAUUUUAUGAAUGUAUUUAUUGUCAGUAAUCUUGAUGCUCAGAAGUAAAACCUCAGAAGAGGCAAAGUGACAAUAAUCAGCAUAUAGAUUUAAUAUCUGCAUAUUUUUAAUAUAAAAUGUUAGAGUCAAUGGGUGAACAAUCAAAAUAAAACUGCAAUUAUUUUGAAUAUUUCCUGUUUGUAUGCUGAUGUAGCCACAGCUGCUACACCCAAUAAAAACUGAGGAAUGAA